AGUGCCUGCAAAAAACGUGCAAGAAUGAAGGGAUUGUUUUGCUGCUGAAUAUUGUUAGCUUGUUUUGUUGUUGUUGUCUUUUUUAAAAAUCUUUUUUGUAUGUAGAAAGCUGAUCGAGCAGAAUGCCAGGCUUUGAGUUGGAGCAGGUGGAUGGAGGAGGAGAGCCCAUUAACCUGCCACACGGAGACACUGUGAUCGGGAGAGGACCAUUUCUGAGCGUGAGUGAUAAACGAGUGUCCAGGAACCAUGCGAUUCUGGAGAACAUGGAUGGACAGCUGCGUCUCAAACCCACGCAUGUGAACCCCUGUUUCGUUCAGACGUCUCUGGAUGCGUCGCCACAACCGCUAGAGAAGGACCAAUGGCACUGCCUGAAGGAUGGAUCCAUCUUCUCCCUGCUCCCGGGGAAACACAUCUUCAGAGUCCGUGCUGUAGCAGAGGAAGGAACACCCAGGAACAGCCAGGGUUUUGAGAAGGAGGAGGAGGAGGUGAUGGAGACGGCGUCAGAGAUGGAGCAGAACUCUAAAUCCUCCCGAUCGUGUGAGGAGACAUUAGCGUACACUCCUCAGGCCAAGAACAGACUGUCUUUCACCUACGAGUCAAAGAUGAGAGACGAGGCCCACACAGCAGACCCUGCUGCAUGUAACCAGGCUGGUGUUGAUUCUCGCUCUUCUUGUAAAUCUGACACUCCUUCCCCCCUGACGCCUUGUAAAAAAAGAGUUCUUCCUGCUUGGAUGAUGGACGUCACUCCUGCAACCCUGAAGACACCACCAGCGAAAGUAGCAGCGAAACGAGCUCCAGCACGAGCUCCAGCCCGAAACACACCUUCAUCCAAACCCUCAGGACCCAAACGACCCCGGACUAGACUGCCUUCGUUAUCAGGAGAGGAGGAAGAGGAGAAAGGGGUUGAAGAGGACGAGGAGGAAGGAUGCAGCACGGCCCCCAGAAAGAGAGCGAGGAGGCUGAAAAGUGACACGGAGGAGAGCCAGGACCAGGCUCCGGUGUCAGAGUCCAGCCAAGAGACGCCACCGGAGGACGAAGACGCCAAAGAGGCUAAUGUAGUGCAGAAAACGGACGAAGAGGACAAGGAAAAAGAAAGUAAGAGAGCUGAGGGCAGUCGGAGGUCCAAAGCUGGAGGCUCAACCUUAAGGCCGGAAAGCUCCGGAAGCUCGCAGACAAACGUGCAGCAGAAGGCUAAAGUUCAGCGCAGGACGCCGUGUCCCUAUGGCACCUCCUGUUACAGGAAAAACCCGAUCCAUUUUCAGGAGUGCAGUCACCCCGGAGACGGCGACUAUGAGGAAGAGCAAAACAACGAGGAUGACGAAGAUGACGAUCGGCCGGAGUGUCCGUACGGCACUGACUGCUACAGGAAGAAUCCACUACACAAAAAAGAGUACAAGCACACCAAACCUCCAGAAAAGAAGACUGCACCAGUUGAUGACGAUGAUGAUGAUGAUGAAGACCAAUAUGAGAACAGCUUCAUUAAUGACGAAAGCGAGGAAGAGGAUGUGGACGAGGAUUCUGACUACGUUCCCGAGUCGGAGGACAGCGGGAAAGAGGACGUUAAACGGCUGCAGAAGGAGGCCAAAGCCUUUCUCCGGAGGAAGAAAUAAGCGGAGAACCGAAAACAAGGUUCCCACUCGUGUUCUUGGAGAUCUAAUCUAACAUGUCUGAAGAUGCUGAUUAUCUGAGUUGGGGUGGAGGUGUGGUGUGCAUCGGUUGCGUCAGCAUCACACCAGUCGAAUGUAUUUUCCAAUGCGCUUCCAGAUUUCCAGCAAUACUGAGCACUACAGCCUGAGCACUACAGCCUGAGAAAACACGACUGGUUUUCCAGAGAUCUCUCAGGAUGGACGUUUGGGCUUCAAGUCAGUCAGUGCCGCAUCUGGCCUCUGCAUCGACUCGAACCCGGGGAUAAAUUUAAUCUGGCACUUUGUGUGACUGAUGAUUUGAAUUUUUUAAAAUAUUUUUGAAUGUUUCCACCAGUCUGUUGUGGUGACGUUAUUCAAAUUUGAAGAAAUUUAUUGCCUUAAAGUUCACAGUUUCAGAGCAAGUUGUGUAACACACUUAGAUUUAGAGCUAUGUUUCCAUUAUAUUUCCAGCAGUACCUGUUGUAAAAACUUUUUAAAAUGAAUGUUCUUACUCCAUUCUUUUAGUAAACUUUCAUUUCAAGAAUGUU